AUGAGUAGUAAAACCAAAUCAUUUAAAAACAACUAUAAUUUAAAUAAUAAUAAUAAUAAUAUAAAUAAUAAUAUCAAUAACAUUAGUAAUAUAAGUAACAAUAAUAAUAUAAUAGUAACAACUACCACCACUACUACAACAUCAAAUAUUGGAUGUAAUAGAUGCAUAUUAUGCAGAAGAGGAUGUCCAAAAAUUUUGACCAAAGAAUAUAUACCAGAACUAAAAGAUUUUCUUCGUACCAUUAUUUACAUUUUAGCCAAAAAACAAAAGAAAGAAUAUGAUAAACUUCAUGCAGAUGACAGUGAUGAUGAAGAUGACGAGGAAGAGAAUGAAAAACAAUACCAAUUUGUACAAACUAAAGAUAUCAACACAUUUAUAAUCACCCAUAAAAAACUAUUAAAUUUUAACGACGGUAUUGUAAUGGAUAAGGAUAGUAUUACCAAUUGCUUAUCUCAUAAACAUAAAAUAUUCAAGUCUGGUAAAAUAAAAUAUGGUAUUGGUUAUUGGGCAUUAGUGGAUCCAUAUGACAGCCCUUGGGAUCAAAAACAGCAACAAGCAAACCAAGUUUCGAAAUCAAGAGGCAAUACUGGUCCAAUUUGUGGUGCAAUCACACAUCGUGGUAACAUUUGUCAAAAAACUUCUAUUUGUCCAUUUCACUCAAGUUCGAUUGUAAAUAAUAAAAGUAAUACAAAUAUCAACAACAGCAAUAAUCAUAAUCAUAUUCAUAACGCCAAUAAUAUUAAUAUGAAUAGUUAUAACAAUAAUAGCAAUUCAAAUAAUAAUCAUUUGCAUGGUAAUAAGGUAACAGUUUCGACAGGUGGUUCAAUUGAUAUAGUUCCGUCCAAUUGUUUGUGUUUAUUAUGUAAAAGAGGCACCCCAGUAAAAUUAAAAGAAACACCAGAAUUAAAAGAUUAUCUUAAAAUUAUAAUUUAUGUAUUAUCAAAUAACAAAGAUACAAAUAACGAGGAAGAGGAUAGAUAUGUUCAAACCAUUGAUAUUCAUAAUUUUAUUUCAUCACACAAAAUACUAUUAAAUUUAAAUCAAAACCUAAUUCCCGAUCGAAAUAGUAUAACAAAUUGUUUAUCUCACCAACAUCGAAUUUUUAAAUCAGGCAAAGAAGUAUAUGGUUUUGGGUAUUGGUGUUUACGUGAUCCAAAGGAAGAUCCAUGGAAUGAUUGUUCAAUCGAUUUCACUCAACAAAUUUUACAACAGCAACAACUUUCAUCAUCCUCAUCCUCACCAACCCAGUCAACUUCCCAACUUAUUUUAUUACAACAACAACCACUUAUAAUAAAGAAACAGGGCCCAAUAUGUGGAGCCAUUACAAAUAGAGGGAAUAUCUGUAAGAAACCAUUAAACAAAUGUUUAUUCCAUACAAAUAAACCAAAUUUAAAAAAUAUCAAUAAUCCAAAUUUUAAUAAUAAUAACUACAGUCUAUUAAUCGAACAGCAUCAAAAACAACUUCAACAACAGCUUCAAACACCAACAUCACAAUCAUCCCACCAUCGAAAUAUACAAUUCCUGGAUAAAGAAAAAGAUGAUGAUAAUCACUCAUUUGAUGAGUCAGAUAGUGAUGAGGAUGAAAAUAUUAAUAAUAGCAAUAAUAGUAAUAAUAGUGAUGACUUUAAUAGCAGCAGCUCCAGUAGUGGUAGUAAUUUAUAUCAAGGAAAGAGAGAAUAUAUUGAAGAAAUUAACGAUAAUUGUGAUUUUUUACCCAAAAUAAAAAGAUUAAACUCAAAUGAAAGUUUGAAUAAUUUUUCAAACAAUACCACCAUAUAUAUAGGUAUUCAAGAUGAUUUUAAUCAGAAUAACUUUUUUGAUAAACCACCAUCACAACCAUCAUCACCACUAUCAAACAAUAUAAGUAAUAAUAAUUGUACUUCUACUUCAACCUCAACUUUAGUUUCAACUUGUAACAAUUAUAGUAGUCAUAGUUAUAACAAUAAUAACAAUGUAAAUAGUGUAAAUAAUAGUCAACAACUAAACAACAGUGUAGUUAAUAAUAGUAUUUCUUUAGUAUCAUUAGCAGCAACAAUGUCUCAAGAAAAAAUAUCAAAUUCAAUGUUUUUAUCAAUUCCAGAUUGUAAAUUAACAAAUAUUAUUCAUGCAUUAGAAUUGGAGAAAAAGGUAUUGAACAAUUAUUCAUUUUAUAGUAUUAUCAAUAGAUUACAAGAUACGAUUGGCGAAUCCCUACAUGUUCGUCUUUCGAGAGAAUAUACAAGAUAUAUGAUUAUCAAAGCAGCUGAAAAUGAUAUUGACCAAUUAGUUCCAAGUCCGCUUAUAGAUAUUUUUCAUAGAACCCAUUACCAAGAUUCUCUUCGUUAUAAAGAUUUCUGUAAAAUGAUUCAAUUCGAUGUAAAUAUUAAUAUGUCAUCCUCAUCAUCAAUUGGAUCCCUUAUUUCACUAUGUUCAUCAAGUAGCUCAACAUCCGAUUUAUUAGAACCAUACAAUAUCAACAUUCCAAGAGAACAACAAAAAAUGAAUUAUAAAAAAUUUUUAGAGCUAUAUAAAAAAUAUUUUCAUAAUAAUAUUAAUCAUAAUACAAACAAUUUAAUUGAUACCGAAAUAUGGGUAUUGGAAUUACAAUAGCCAACGGAUAAAUUAAAAUAAAUAUAGUGUUACAUUACAGUACGACAGUCACUUCACACAAACACAC